AAUCCACCAUACUCUAACAACACUAUACCGAAACACACCGACCCGGCUUUAUUGAUAAUGCCUCCAACUCUCCUCCCGGAUGGGUCAUCUGCAUCAAAAAUGGUCAAUCAGCUCUCCUCCUGCCUUCGGGAAAUUCUCUCCUCCGUCAAUAAAACUCACCUUGAGCCCCCGUUGGUCGAACUCGAUUUCGACCCCGAACUGCUAGCCCGCAUAAGAUCGCUACGGUCUUCUCCGGAUGAAUUAUGCAGGAAUUCUCUGGAUACCGCGUUUAAAGGGGCGCUGUAUGACCUUGUAGUAAGUUCCCCAGUUUUCGCUUUCGGUGCUCUACUCACACACACGCUACAAUAGACCAAUAACGAUGCUAUCAAUACCGCAACCCUUCCCAUCUUCUGCAACUUCUUAGAUCUUUCGUUGGUUUUGACCGAGCUAGGCAUGUUCACUCUUAUCCUUCUCUGGACCGCGCCUCUAACCCCACCACAGACAUCUCAGGCGCAAAUUUGCCACUUGACCUAAUUGAAGAGCUCUUUGACUCACAAACUAUACCGUCAUGCGAGUGCCUCUUCCGAUAUUUGGAGUCGCGUAUCGAUAGAGUCACCGCAGGAGUUGAAGGUGGAAAAGGGAAAGCCCUCGUAUUGCUACGCCUGUGCAACGAGCUUCUCAAGAGAUUAUCAAAAACAGAGGACACAAUCUUUUGUGGCCGCAUCUUGAUCUUCCUUAGCAAGAGCUUCCCGAUUGGCGAACGCUCCGGAGUUAACUUGAGAGGUGAUUUUAAUGUGGAUAAUGUCACGGUUUAUGACGAUAUUCUUCAGGAACCGCCGACUGCGGUAGAUGAAAUGGAACUCGAUAUCAAGAAGGAUCAAAUGGAAACCGAUCAAAAGAAAGAGGAGAGCGCGACUGGUGUAGGUGAAGCAGAUAUCGGCAGUGCCCGAAGCCCCAAGAGGCUCAAAGCGGAUGCUGGGCAAGAUACGUCCCAAAGGGAACCUACAGUCCUCGAUGCCAACGCUCUGUACCCUAUAUUUUGGUCGCUUCAGCACGAUUUCGCCGACCCUCAGCGACUAUUUGUUAAAGGUAAUCUUGAAAAAUUCAAGGUGGGCCUUGGUGCCACAAUGGCAAAAUUCAGGAAGGCCGAGGAUGAUUCAAUUAAGACCACCGGAAAGGUUGAUGUGGCGAAUGGGCCUAAAAAGGCGGAUGAGAAGAAGGCCGGAGUCCCUCCUGGUGAGAAGAGGAAGCAAAUCGAUGGUGAUGACAACGAUAUUAAAGGUGAAGGGUUUAAUCCGAAAUAUUUGACAAGUCGCGAGUUAUUCGAACUAGAGGUUUACACCCUCCCUUUGCAGGCCGCGGACCGGAUGCUAAUGCGGUACUCACACGGGUGAUAGAUCAGCGACUUGACCUUCAGGCGACAUGUGCUUGUACAGGCCUUGAUUCUGAUCGAUUUUUUGUUAAGCUUGACGCCACAGGCGAAGGAAAAGUGGAAAGACCUCAAAACACCAAAUAGAUCCGUUCAAUAUGCGUUCACUUUGGGCCUAGAAGAUGUAAGCUUUCCCUAUUCUUUGAAUUGUUCCCAAAAGACGAAAGAAGAAGAAAAAGGGUAGUUUGGCCGUUCUCUCUCUCAUUAUACAGAGACUAUUAAAUUAUCUCCGACAAAGCCGGCGGUACUCACAUGCGCCCGCUAUGGUUUGCAUAGUGCCAGAACAGCCUUAUGCCACAAGUUGACUGCAGUGGCAUUGGGCUACCCAACACACAAAGGCGGCUAUACGAUCACACGGACCUAUCUUCAGUGGAUACGUGUGCUGCUGUUUAUGGGAUUUAAAUGCGUAAAUUACGAACUAUACACUAAUGCGAUCCAUGUAGGAGAAAUGGGCGGCCACAACAAAGGAACAAAUACUCAGGAGUCUCGAACCUGAUGUGCAAGGGAGACUGUUUACACGAACUAUUAAAACAGUUCUGAUUAGGGAACAAAACUGGGUUCGGUGGAAAGCAGAGAGUUGUCACCCAUUUGAUAUGCCUCCGUUGGGCGACGCAGACAUUGAAGAUGCCAAGCAAAAAGCAGCAAAGGCCUGUGAGAUUCCUGAAUCCUACAAAUAUACCAUGGGGACACCGGCCUUGAAUUCGCUGUGGCGGGCCACGGGUGACCUAACAGGGCUUGAGGGUCUUACAGAUCCGAAGAGGUAAGUACAUGCAAAACGAAUCCCUGCUGACACCCAUCCACAUGACUACAGGGACUGGCAGACUGACCGGCUCUAUCCAGGAACCACCUCCCAUCUCCCGAGUCAUUUAGACAGCCCGUGAAGGAUGCGGAGCUAGAAUUGUUGGAUGCGAUGUUUCCAGAUGACAUUGAACUGGCGCAAACCAAGAAGUUCACCAGCACCUGGAAAGCCCUUCGCCUCGCAUCCCGUGACCGCUUCCAUCUUUUCAAUAAGUUCGACGACAAGUUUGACGAAAAGAGGAACGAUCUGGAGAUGCUCUUCGAGGUGGAAGAAAAGGCGAAGGAGGAGGCUAGAGCCAGGAUGAACCAACAGGCGCCUGCCACCACUGCUAUAACAAAACCCCAGGAAAGAGCUCUUGAGGCCAACGACAACAAUUUGCUCGUGACUGCCGAUAUCGAUUCUACCCCCUCCUCCUCUGCUCCCGCGCAAACCCCAACUCCAGCGCCAACACCGAUACCAACCGUACCCAUCACUAAUACCUAACACUAGGCCUGCCCACCCUCAAACAUCGCUUCAAAGAGCUGGAAUCGGGAAAAUUCAUGUCAUACACUCGUAACGAAACGGGAAAGGAAAGAAAACACAAGGCAGCGAGCUUAAAUUCCCAUCUAUCUAUCUAUCUGUCUGUCUGUCUGUCUAUACUAUAAUAGCCCAAUAAUCGGCAAUGAACCUCCCCUGGUAUGAUAUCAUACCGUGAAUUAUUAUUUUUCCUCUUCUCUUCCCUACCCUACCCUGCCUCUUCCACCCAAAUCCAACCGAAAACAACGAUACAAGUGUGGGAAUAACAGUGAUCACAACCCCUCCAACAGGCAACCCGCCUUAAGAAUGUCGUACAUAGGUAUCAUAAGGAAGCAGGAAAGUGGAACAGAAGAAAGAGGGAGAAGGAGGGAGAAAAAAAAAAACAUUUCAGGAAUGAUGACAACGACGGAUAUUUGAUGUCGGGGGGGGGGGGGUCCUUUGCGCUUUU